CCACACCACCCGACAUUUUUUUAUUCCAGAUCCAGAUUUGACUGAUAAUGUUUAUGAUGAACAAAGAUGGAUGUUGGACGGGGACUCCUUAGGAUGAUGACAAUGUCCCUAGGAGAGGAAGGUAUUGGGAAACCCUGCUCUGUGGCUGUGUGGAGGGGGUGGAGCGGAUGUCCGGCAGUCACGCUCCACAACCCUCGCACGGCCAUUAGGUCCUAUUUACAUUUUUAUAAAUCCCAUAUAUAUAGAAGGCUGUGGAGGGAGUGCGAUCUUAGGGGCACAGGUGUUGACAUCUCUAGUCUAGGCUUCAACUCACUUGAAACCAUGACCACAUCACAUCGGAGUCAUUGUGCAUCACCUACCAAGUCUAUCAACAAAGGUGGUAUAGUGGUAGAGGUUGUGUGA